GCAAUUAAAUGUGAGUUGCUCUGUGUAUUAAAUGGUGCAGCUCAGCACCCUCACCCACCCUCUCUCUCUCUACAAUUUCCUCUUCAUUGAAAUGGCCAUCGCCUCCUCCUCCACCCUCCGCCUCUCCCAAUGUCCUCCGCCCCUCCUCCGCCCCUAGCCGCCAAGCUCUCCUUCUCUCAGAACCUCACAUCCAUCGGCAUCGGCUACGCAGUCGCGCUCGCCCUAGGCUUCCUCGUCCUCUUCUCCACCUUCCUCCUCGCCUCCUACAUCUGCUACCGCUCCGUCGCCGCCCGCCGCCGCAGCCGAUCCGCCGAUAACAGCGUCUACCUGCCGCGGAUCAUCUUCGUCGGGGAGGAAGACGAGAACGAGGGGCAGAACGCCGUCGUCGGCCUCGAUCAGGCCGUAAUCAACUCCUAUCCGAGAUUCGUCUUCACGAAGAAGAGCGCGGACGACGGCGUGUGCUCGAUUUGCUUGUCGGAGUACAGGGAAUCGGAGAUGCUGCGGAUGCUGCCGGAUUGCCGCCACUGCUUCCACGUGAUGUGCGUGGAUGCGUGGCUGAAGCUCAACGCGUCGUGCCCCGUGUGCCGGACUUCGCCGCUGCCCACGCCGCUUUCGACGCCGCUGCAGGAGGUGGUGCCGCUCUCGCUCUACUCCGACGGGCGGAGGGGUUGAUUUAGGUAUUUUGGCGUUAAUCUCAUAUAUUUGGGGCUUACUUUUUUCAUUUUUAGUCGUGAAUUAAAGGAUUGUAAUUUUAUUUGUGUUCUCCAAUUACAAAAUAUGAAAAUAUACUCCGUGUUGUUAAAACGUCUUACUACUUUUUUUUUGUUAAUAUAUGUAGAUUUAUGAA